UUGUACCAUGCGGUAACAUAUCACUUCAUUCUCAACUCCGCGUUGAAAAAGAAAAACAAAGAAUUCCGUGUGAAAUACCGAAUUGGCCCAUUGCUCUCUCCUAAAUCUUCAUCCUAUUCGGCCCCACUGACUUUGCAAUCCCUCGUGAGCUACGCUACAACUCGCCAAAGACCCUCUCUCAUUUAUCUGCUCAUUUUCAGCCUUUACCCAACAAACCCUCCGUUCUCUGUAUUUGUGGCUUUCGUUCUGUACACAAUAAUAUUUUCAUUUCUUUUUUUGUUGUGUACAGCGAUUCGGAGGAAUUUGAAUUAGGUUUAUGGUAAUUGAGGUUGGAUUUGGGCCGUCGAUCUGAUGGAACGGAUAGUGGGUGGUAAAUUCAAGCUCGGCCGUAAGAUCGGCAGUGGAUCAUUUGGUGAAAUCUUUCUCGCUACGCAUAUGGAUACUUUUGAAAUUGUAGCAGUGAAGAUUGAAAACAGUAAAACAAAGCACCCACAACUUCUUUAUGAGGCCAAGUUAUACAACAUUCUUCAAGGAGGAAGUGGUAUACCCAGUAUAAAGUGGUCUGGUGUCAAUGGGGAUGACAAUGUACUUGUCCUUGACUUGCUGGGACCGAGCCUUGAGGACCUUUUCGUGUAUUGUGGAAGAACGUUCUCAUUAAAAACUGUGUUGAUGUUGGCAGAUCAAAUGAUAACUAGAAUAGAGUUUGUGCAUUCUAAAGGGUUUCUGCAUCGAGAUAUUAAACCAGAUAACUUUCUCAUGGGCCUUGGUCGAAAAGCGAAUCAGGUUUACAUUAUCGAUUUUGGUCUGGCAAAAAGGAUGGUGGUGCCACAGCUCUCUGUGGCCGCCGCUAUGGCGGGAUUUCUGCCUGCCGACAUUUUCGGCCAUCCACCGUUAACACUAGAAAUAAAGCAUUGCGCAUUGCUCCUGAAACUCCCUUUUCUUUUGGAACUGCACGCUAUGCAAGUUGUAAUACCCAUCUUGGGAUCGCAAAGCCGGAGAGAUGAUUUAGAAUCCCUUGGAUAUGUACUUCUGUACUUUCUGAGAGGAAGCCUCCCAUGGCAGGGAUUAAAAGCUGCCACAAAGAAGCAGAAGUAUGACAAGAUUUGUGAGAAAAAAUUAUCAACUCCUAUUGAGGUGCUGUGCAAGUCCCAUCCUGUGGAGUUUGCUUCGUACUUCCACUAUUGCCAUUCGUUGACAUUUGAUCAACGACCUGACUACGGAUUUCUGAAACGCUUAUUUCGUGAACUGUUUGCUCGUGAAGGAUGGUAUUUGCUGCCUCUUGCAGGAUAUGAGUUUGAUUACGUAUUUGAUUGGACUAUUCUGAAGUAUCAGCAAGCACAAAUAAAUAAAACACAAAAACGGCCAAUGGCUGGAGAGAGCAGUCAAGCAGCUCCUAUGGUUGUGGAAAAGCAUACAGGGAAUAAUGCACCAUUUUCAGAAGAUUUGGCUGAACGCAUGAGGUCAAACAACGCUGCCGCCAGCUCUGGUGUUCGCUUACAAUUUAAAUCUCCGACCAAUCGAAACUUCACCCACGGGAAUGUUCUAGACAAAAAUGUUCUGAGCAAUGAACACGUGCCGUCUACUUCAUUCUCUCCUGCUGCUGUGGGUAAAGGAAAUUCCUCAAAACCUAUGUUAUCUACUGAAGCAAAUGCUAGUCAUGGGAAUGGUGACAACUCUGGUCCUUCAAGUAGUUGGAUUUCAUCCCUACGCCGCAUUUCCUCAUCCAAAUUUCACGAUUUGCAACGAGGUAUGCUGCAAUGGUGGGAGCAGCAAUUGUUGUUUCACGAUGAUACUGCUCUGGUCAAAGCUAACCUGAGCAGGACGAGUCUAUUAAUUUUUCGAAUACUGUUGGUGUCUUGGAUACUGGGUUUUGGCCGGAAUCGAGGUCGUUCCACGAAGGCGAAAUGCCCGAUGUGCUGUCCCGAUGGCGUGGCGACCCGCGACUUCGAUCUGAAGAUCCACUGCAACAAGAAGCUGAUCGGCGCUAGAUUCUUCGUCAAGGGGUACAAUACGGCCUCGGGGAGGAAGAAGUCGGAGUCCCCCCAUGCGGCGACGGCCACGGCGACCACCGGCGUCGGCGUCGUGGUUUGCAACGCCAGCUUGCUGGGCUACGCGAGCGGGAAUACGCGUGGGAUGGCGCCUCACGCCAGAGUAGCGGCCUACCGGUUGUGUUGGUAG